GAUGCUCCACUGGCGUCUGCCUUGCCUCGGUCGUCCUUCAGCAGCUCCUCAGAACUGUCGAGCAGCCACAGCGCUGGCUUUGCAAGUCUUAAUCGGAGAGAUGGAGCCGGUGGCUGGUCCCCGCUUGUGUCAAAUAAAUACCAGUGGCUGCAGAUUGACCUUGGAGCCAGGAUGGAGAUCACGGCCGUGGCCACCCAGGGUGGGUACGGGAGCUCUGACUGGGUGACCAGCUACCUCCUGAUGUUCAGUGACAGCGGGCGGAACUGGAAGCAGCAGCGACAGGAAGGAAGCAUCAGGGGCUUCCCAGGAAACACAAAUGCAGACAGCGUGGUGCACCACGGACUCCAGCCUCCCUUCGAAGCCCGGUUCCUGCGCUUCCUGCCUGUCACCUGGAACCCCAAGGGCAGGAUCGGGAUGCGGAUCGAAGUGUACGGAUGUGCAUACAGAUCCGAGAUGCUUCAUUUUGACGGGAAGAGCUGCUUGCUGUACACAUUUAAUCACACAUCCGUGAGUCCGACCAAAGACGUUAUUUCUUUGAAAUUUAAAACCAGGCAGAGUGAUGGGAUUCUUCUCCACAGAGGACAAGAUGGCGAAUACCUCACCUUGGAAUUAGUUAAAGGAAAACUUGUCUUAUUCCUCAAUUCAGGCAGUGCUGACCUGCCCUCCCCUGGCGCGCGGGGGGCCUUGGCCCUGGGCAGCCUUCUGGAUGACGAGCACUGGCACUCGGUCCUGGUGGAGCUCCUGCACACGCAUGUCACCUUCACCGUGGACAGACACACCCAGCGCCUCCAGCCACAGGGGCACUCCCGCGCUCUGAGUCGUGAUUAUGAGAUCAGCUUUGGAGGGAUUCCUGGACAUGGAAAAUCAGUGGUGUUCCCACAUAAAAACUUUCAUGGGUGUUUUGAAAAUCUCUAUUACAACGGAGUGGAUAUCAGUGAUUUAGCCAAGAGACAUAGCCCACACAUUCUCAUCAUGGGAAAUGUGUCGUUCUCCUGUUCGCACCCUCAGACUGUCCCUGUGACUUUUCUGAGCCCCAGGAAUUACUUGGCUCUGCCGGGCGCUCUCGGAGAGGACAAAAUGGACGUCACUUUCCAAUUUCGGACGUGGAACAGAGUGGGGCUUUUGUUGGCCAGUCAACUCCUACAUGGUUCAGGGGCUCUUGUUCUCGUUCUUAAUGAUGGAAAACUCAAACUGAGUCUCGCACAGCCUGGACACCCAGCAAGGGACACCACAGCAGGUGAUGGCCUAAAUGAUGGGCAGUGGCAUUCCGUGUCCUUGUCUGCGAAAGGGAGUCACCUGAGUGUGCAGGUGGACGGUGGCGCAGCCUCCACCGUGCCCUCCCCGGCGGGGCAGAUCCCGGGGCAGAUCCGUGCUGGCGACACCUAUUAUUUGGGAGGCUGUCCGGACAACAGCUCUGGCCCUGGGUGUGGAAGCUCCCUGCCCGGGUUCCAGGGCUGCCUGAGGCUCCUCUCCAUUGGUGACACAGCGGUGGAUCCCAUCUCAGUGCAGCAGGGGGCGCUGGGGAGUUUCCAGGACCUCCAGAUAGACUCCUGUGGCCUCACAGACAGGUGUCUGCCCAGCUACUGCGAACACGGAGCGGAGUGCUCCCAGUCCUGGGACACCUUCUCCUGCAACUGCGCGCACACAGGCUACACGGGGACCACCUGCCACUCCUCUGUCUACGAGCCAUCGUGUGAGGCGUACAAGCACAGAGGGAACUCUUCGGGGCUCUACUACAUCGAUUCGGAUGGCAGCGGCCCACUGGGCCCGUCGCUGGUGUACUGCAACAUGACAGACACAGCAUGGACCUCGCUGCAGCACAAUGGCUCCCACCCAGCCAGAGUCAGAAGUGCCCAUGGGGGCAGUCCGCAGCCGGUGCGUUUCCAGUACGCAGCCAGCGCAGAGCAGCUCCGGGCCCUCAUCAGCCGCGCCACGCACUGCCACCAGCAGCUGGCCGUCCACUGCCGGCGAGCAAGGCUGCCAACUCCCCGCGAUGGGCCCCCAGUGAGCUGGUGGGUUGGAAGGACCAGUGAGACACACACGUACUGGGGAGGCGCCCUGCCUGAGGCUCACAAGUGUGCCUGCGGAGUCGAGGGGACCUGCAUUGACUCUCGCCAUGACUGCAACUGCGACGCCGGCCGGAGCGAAUGGACCAGUGACAUAGGAGUCCUUUCUCAUAAGGAGCACCUUCCGGUCACUCAGGUUUUGAUAACAGAUGUGGACCGACCACAUUUGGAAGUGGCUUUCACACUGGGGCCCCUGCUCUGCCGAGGGGACGAUUCAUUUUGGAAUUCAGCUUCCUUUAAUACUAAGGCUUCAUACCUUCACUUCCCUACUUUCCGCGGAGAGCUCAGUGCUGAUGUGUCUUUCUUUUUCAAAACGACAGCUGCCUCUGGAGUGUUUGUAGAGAACUUGGGGAUCACAGACUUUAUCAGGCUAGAGCUGCGUGCUCCUGCUGCAUUGACCUUUUCCUUUGAUGUGGGGAAUGGGCCUUGUGAGGUCACGGUGCAAUCACCCACUCCCUUUAACGACAACCGGUGGCACCAUGUGUGGGCAGAGAGAAACGUUCAAGAAGCUUCUCUACAAGUGGACCAGCUCCCCAUGGAGACCCAGCCUGCCCCUGCCAACGGGCACGUCCGCCUGCAGCUCAACAGCCAGCUCUUCGUGGGCGGAACCGCCAGCAGGCAGCGGGGCUUCCUGGGCUGCAUUCGCUCCCUGCAGCUGAACGGGGUGGCCCUGGACCUGGAUGGGCGAGCCGCGGUGACGCGGGGGGUGCCGGGUUCUGCGGGGCAAUGCAGCAGUUCCGGCAGCUUGUGCCGCCACGGAGGCCGGUGUCAGGAAGGGCGCCGCGGGGUGGUGUGUGACUGUACCUUCUCUGCCUACGACGGGCCGUUCUGCACGCGCGAGAUUUCUGUGAAUUUUGGAGCUGGCUCCUCAGUCAUCUACAAUUUGCAAGAACAUUCCAAUUCCACCUUCCGUAAGAACUCCAGCUCCCAGGCAGCCUUAUUUCAUGAGGGGCUCACUCUGACCAGGGAAGUGGUUACUCUGAGCUUCCGGACCACUGAGACUCCCAGCUUAUUGCUGUUUGUGAGCUCCUUCCAUGAGGAAUACCUUUCAGUUGUUCUUGCCCCAAACGGAAGUCUGCAGAUCAGAUAUAAGCUAGACAAACACAAAGAACCUGAUGUCUUCAACUUCAGUUUUAAAAACCUGGCAGAUGGGCAUCUUCACCAAGUGAAGAUUGACCGAGAAGCGGCAGUGGUCUCUGUGGAGGUUAACCAGAAUGCAAGAAGACAAGCCAUCCUGUCAUCAGGGACAGAAUUCAAUGCUGUCAAAUCCCUCAUGUUGGGGAAGAUUUUAGGUCGUUCUGCACCAACAGACGAGGGAGGGCCCUUAGUUAAGACGCACAGAAGUGACUCUGCCAUCCUCGGAGGUAACAGCGCAAUCCGGAAAUGCCUGGGCAUCGCUUGGAUGGCGGGCCAUGCGCACUGGCAGAUCCUCGGUGUAGUUUUACCGAAUUCAGCUCCUGGGGGCCGCUCAGUAGAUGGGACUGUGGUUCCCUCCAACACGCUUACGAUGCUGGACGAGAAUACUGAGAAGUUUUUCGUUUGA